CAAUAUAUGCCGAAAAUGAUUAGAAUUAGAAAGCAAUGAGACUAAACGAGUCUGUGAUAGAGAAAAAAGAGAAGGAAGAAAAAAGAGGAGAAGAAGACAAGUCUUCCUCUCCCACACACUAGACAACACAACACAUCGCUGUCUUGUCUUCUCUUCCUACUCUGCUGCUCCUCAUAUAACCCAAAAAGACACACAACCUUCAACAGGCAAGGCUCAAUCUUCCCUUUCCAGUUUCACGUUACCCAACUCUGCUAUUUCCGGUUCGGUUGCGGUGAAAAAUGUACUCUAUGCGGGGUUUGGGUCUCGACGGCGGAGACUAUAACCUCCACCACCACCACCACCAUCACAACCACCCGGGAGCUAUGUCCUUGGACGGAACCAACCUUCCCGGAGAUGCCUGUCUUGUUCUGACUGCUGACCCCAAGCCUCGCCUCCGUUGGACUGCCGAGCUUCACGAGCGCUUCGUCGACGCCGUCACCCAGCUCGGCGGACCCGAAACUGUUAUGAAGGCCAUAGAAAGUUUGAAUCUUUGGUUAGAAGCAACACCAAAGUCAAUAAUGAGGACAAUGGGGGUGAAAGGUCUGACCCUAUAUCAUUUGAAGUCACACCUUCAGAAAUACCGUCUCGGGAAGCAAUCAUUGAAGGAGGCAACUGACAACUCUAAAGAUGCAAUAUGUGCAGCUGAGAGUCGCGAAACCGGUUCUCCUACAUCAGGCUCAUCUAGAAUGAUUUCCCAAGAACUAAACGAUGGGUACCAGGUUACUGAGGCUUUGCGAGCACAGAUGGAGGUUCAGCGAAAAUUGCAUGAACAGUUAGAGGUACAGCGGCGUCUCCAGCUUCGUAUAGAAGCUCAAAGCAAAUAUUUGCAAUCAAUACUUGAUAAAGCUUGCAAGUCACUCAACAACCAAGCAGCUGUUGUUGCUAGCUCAGAGGGAUUAGAAGCCGCUCGCGAAGAACUAUCAGAGCUGUCAAUAAAGGUAUGCACCGAUUCUCAUGCAAUCUUUUCGGUCCCUUCAUUACCAGAUAUGAGUUCACUAGCCGCAAUGAAGAAGAGGCCGCGAGCUUUUGUGAAUGGCGGGGUGACUUUGCCAUUGGAUAGCAAUGUGACGGAGGCGGAGUGGACACUGGCUAAUGCUGGGUAAAAAGAAUAAUAUUAGGGUAUGUUGUCUCUUGUUCUAGUAGUAGUAACCAAAAGUGUAUCAUUUUAUUAACAAGCUCUUACAGAUGUCUCUGCAAUCCAAAACAUGCUGACAUGUUGUAAGUUUUAAGCUGCUGAAACAUUAUAUGUAUAUUCUCUUAUGCGCAGUAUUGUGUCUUUGUCUCUUCAUUUUCCGCUAAUUAUGUGCCCGUUGGUGAUAAUUUAUUUAAGCUUACUAUAAUUUAUACACUUAGGAAGCUUUAGCUACCAUUGUUUCC